UUGGAUAGGCAGUGCGCAGGCAACAGCUGAAAUGAACAGAGAGCGGUUUAGUGUGUGUAUGCCUCUGGAUCUAAUAUCACCUACCUGUCCUUGUCACUCUGAUAGUCAGCCGCUGUUUGCCACCGAUGCUAGUAUGGCAGCACUCAAUGGCCUAUUUUAAAGCAUUUUCCAGUUUAAACAGAAAGACGGUUUUAUCUCAACCGCAAAAGGGACUGCUCUGCUGUGCGUUUUUUUGGAGAUUUGAACACAUUCCGCAGACGGACUUUCCGCGUAUCCUGGUUGUACUAAAGGGACUUACUCUGCUUUUGACAGCCAGUUUUGCGACCUUCUACUCAUGAACUCUAUGAGGGAUCCAUUAAACACAGACCAUCACCACCUAAUUGGGAAUAAACUUGCCUCCACACACCACACGGCUUUGGCGAUGGCCUCUACUUUGCAGCCGCUGCAGCGGUCUGUGGACUCUAAACACCGGUUAGAGGUGCACACGGUGUCAGACACGUCCAGUCCGGAGUCUGUCGAAAAAGAAAAGAACCAAAACAAAAACGACGACUCUUCAGAUGACCCUUCUAAAAAGAAACGGCAGCGGCGGCAGAGGACUCACUUCACCAGCCAGCAGCUGCAGGAACUGGAGGCCACUUUCCAGAGGAAUCGCUAUCCGGACAUGAGCACGAGGGAGGAGAUAGCCGUGUGGACCAACCUCACAGAGGCCCGGGUCAGGGUUUGGUUCAAGAACCGGCGAGCCAAGUGGAGGAAACGGGAAAGAAACCAACAAGCCGAGCUUUGCAAAAACGGCUUCGGCCCGCAGUUCAAUGGACUCAUGCAGCCCUACGAAGACAUGUACCCCAGCUACACGUACAACAACUGGGCAGCCAAGGGCCUCACGUCGGCCUCUUUAUCCACCAAAAGCUUCCCCUUCUUCAACUCCAUGAAUGUCAACCCCUUAUCCUCGCAGACCAUGUUCUCGCCGCCCAACUCCAUAUCCUCCAUGACUUCAAGCAUGGUGCCAUCGGCGGUCACCGGCGUGCCGGGCUCCAGCCUCAACAGCCUCAAUAACUUGAACAACCUCAGUAACCCGUCUCUCAACUCGGGGGUGCCCAGCUCGGCGUGCCCCUACGCGCCUCCGACCCCUCCUUAUGUGUACAGGGACACUUGCAACUCCAGCCUGGCCAGCCUGAGACUGAAAGCCAAGCAGCACUCGAGUUUUGGAUACGCCAGUGUGCAGAAUCCGGCCACUAAUCUGAGCGCUUGCCAAUACGCCGUGGACAGACCAGUCUAAUACCUGCCUGCACUGCAAAUGUGUAACCACCAUAGCAAGUCAUAACAGGCUAGUAGCGACGCUUAAAGUGUUAUUCUUCUCUACGCAAGGAGGAAUUAUGUUUUGUUUCAGGAAAUUUCUGAUGGUCAUAUGGUAGGCCUACUUUCUUGAUUCUAGUUGCAUCAUUCUGACUUUUUUCCUAAGCUAUUGCCACUUGUUCCUUGAACAUCCCCAAAUAUAUCAAGAAACAAGUGAGGUUAUUCCAUCCAUUUAUUUUUGGAGGGGGGGGGGGGGGGGGGGACCUAUGAGUCUGAGGGUGAUUACAAGACCAAAUGGCUUGUUAUGGUGGUCAUUUUUUGCAGUGUGCAGGUAAUCACAAACAGCCGGCCACAGGAACAAGAGACUACUACAACUACUUUUUUUUUUUUCCUUUCAUUUUUCAAAACGGGCACUAGAAUACUGAACCACUGAAACAAGCUCAACUCCAGGUCGGAGUCAAACUGAAACAGGAGAUUUUAGGUGUAUUCACCUUUGAUGAGUCCAGGCCUUCUUCACACUGCAACACAGUUAAAGAAAAAAAGAAAAAAAGGCCCGUUUUAUUUUUCAUAGCUCGUCAUGUUUUUGUUUUGGGGUUUUUUCCUGGUGGAUUUUGGACGUUAAUUGUUGACUGAAAAGGUUGUAUAUAUAUUUGAAUUAUCAUCUCCUGUUUGUCGAGGCGAAUGCGCUAUAACACCCCCCCCCCCAGUCCUCUCCAGGUUCAAUUUAUCAACGCAUGUGGGGAAAAAACAAAA